AUGGCUAUGUCUUUGCCCACCAAGUCGUUGCCGCUCAAAAUCAGCUCCAAGAAUGGCGGAGACAAGCCUAACUAUGUCAUAUUCAUGCCGGACCAGCUGAGAUACGACUCGUUGCAAUGCACCGCAGGCCCAGGCAGCGUUAUCCGAACGCCGAACAUCGAUGCCUUUGCAAAAAGAGGCACCCUCUUCACCAACUGUUUCGUUCAGGCGUCUGUUUGCUCGCAAUCAAGAUGCAGUAUGUUUACUGGGGUAUACCCUCACGCCAGUGGACACCGAAGUUUGAACAAUCUCAUCAAGCCUUGGGAGCCUAACAUCUUUCGCAGCCUUAAAGAAAAUGGCUACCACGUCGCCUGCCUCGGCCCACGAGGGGAUACGUUUGCAGCAACAGUGACUGAGUUAAGUGUGACAGAAUAUGGUUUCUUAGAAACGCCUGAAUUUAGCCCAAAAUUUGCUGGAGGAAACGGUAAUCCACCUGAGCAGGAUGAAAGUAUAUGGGGCCGGCUGUUUUAUAAGGGCCUACGGAAUCCUCACCAAGCACUCGACUAUGACGACGCUGUGGUGAAAUCGGCAUUGAAAUGGCUAGAGUGCCCUCCUGAUGAUAAACCAUGGGUACUCUUCAUGCCUUUGAUUUUCCCACAUUGCCCUUUCCAGGUGGAAGAACCCUACUUUUCUAUGUAUGAUCGGUCUAAGGUCGGUCCAAUUAUACCUAUAACGGGGAAGACAGGUUAUGAACCUCUAUACAUGGAGAAGAUACGAACGCGCUAUGGGACUUCACGAGCGACCUCAGAAAUCUGGGCCGAAAUUAAGGCCACCUACUACGGCAUGAUUACUCGGAUGGAUGAUCAGUUUGGAAAAGUCAUUCAGCAGUUAGAUCGGAUGGACAUGUGGGAAGAUACCGUAACAAUGUUCUUCACCGACCACGGCGAAUACCUAGGGGAUUAUGGCCUUAUAGAGAAGUGGCCGUCCGGACUUUCCGACGCGUUGACCCAUGAACCUCUGAUCAUUGCGGGCGGAGGUCUACCCGAAGGCCAAGUCUCUAAGGUGAUGGCAGAAAUGGUUGACCUGGUGCCAACAGUGCUCGAAAUAUCCGGGAUUGGGGAGCACUUCCCUCACAGUGGAAAGAGCCUGGUGCCCGUUUUGACACAAAAAUCAACAGUACACAAGAAAUUCGCUUUUACCGAAGGAGGAUUUUUGAUUAGCGAGGAACCGUUGCUCGAACAGGGCGCGUAUCCAUAUGACCUCAAGGGCGCACUACAACAUGAGGACACUCGAGUUGUAGGGAAAGCCAUUAGCAUCCGCAACGAGGACUGGACUUAUAUUUACCGACUGUACGAGCCUGCCGAGCUCUACCAUCGGAGGCUGGAUCCACAUGAAAUAUCCAAUCUUGCCGCUGAGCCAGAGUUCGCACCAACCGUUCAAAUGCUUCAAGGUGAAAUGUUUCGAUGGCUAGUGGAAGGAUCUGAUUUCCUACCAUGGACACCAGACCCUCGAGCUCCUCCAGUUAACCUCAAGUCCCCAAAGGAGCAAUUGGAAGACCGGAAGUCUAGGGCAGCAGGGAAACCUUGA